AUGGCUAGUGAAAUUUCAUUAGAAAAUGUUCUUCGUAAAUGUAAUGAUUUAGGUAGAUAUCAAAUCAUACAUUAUAUUUUCUUGAAUUUAAUUACAAUUGGUAGUGGUAUAACAACAUAUUAUUAUGUAUUUGGUGUUGCAGAAAAUUCUUAUCGUUGUCGUUUACCGGGAAAUAUAUGGUUAGAUGAUGAUCAAUAUGAAUCAAAGAAUAGUACACAUCAAUAUUUAAUAAAUCAAUGGCAGAAAAUAUCAAAAUGUAAUGAUUACAAUGAUACAAUUUGUACGAGUUUUGUUUAUGAUCGAAAUACUUUUGGUCGAACAUUUACUGAAGAAGGAGAUUUUGUUUGUCAAAAUAAAUUAAAAAAAACUUGGCUUUCAACAAUGUAUCAAGUUGGAGGAUUUGUUGUUUUACUCAGUGGAUAUAUUUGUGAUAAAAUUGGACGAAGAAAAAUGAUUCGAAUAUUAACAAUUAUAUUAUUUAUAGUUCCAUGUUUUACUCAAAUAAUUCUUCAAACAGUAGAAAUGAAUAUUAAUACCAAGUUUAUUCUUCUUGCAAUCAAUCAAUUUUUUUCAAGUGUUGAUGCAUAUCCAAUGGUAUUUCUUUUACUUAUGGAAUUAACAUCUUCUUCUCAUACAAGUCUUGCUGGUAAUUCAGCUCUUAUAGGUUUUACUAUUGGUGAAAUAAUAAUAACUGUAUUUGCUUAUAUUGCUCGAGAUUGGUUACGCCUUAAAUGGAUAAUUACUUGUUAUUUUGCACUUAUUUUACCUUAUCUUUAUUUUGUACCUGAAUCACCUUAUUGGUUAUUUUCAAAAAAGAAAUAUAAUCAACUUGAAGAAUAUUUAAGAAAAAUCGCACAAAGAAAUGGCCGUUCAGAUAAUGAAUGGUAUCCAUUGUAUAGAAAAUUAAUUUGUGAUCCUCGUUUAGCUAUUUUAAGUACAAAACAUGCAUCACGAACAAAUAAAGAAGUUAUUCUUCAACAUUUACCACGAUUAGCAAUGUGUGCAUUUAUUGGUUUUCUUACAAUGUUAUUAUAUAUUAAAAUCUCAUAUGGUUUAGCAGCUAUGAGUGAUGUUGUUAGUCCAUAUUGGAAUAUUAUCAUUGGUGCUAUUGUUGAAGGUUUUGGUUAUAUAUCAGCAAGUAUUUUAAUAACAACAAAACUAGGACGAAAACAUUCGUUAAUACUUUAUUCAUUAUUUACAUGUUUAUGUGUAUUUACUAUUCCAUUUACAAUGACAUCUUAUCCAAUCGUAACAAUUAUAAUAUCACAAAUAGGUAAAUUUACAAUAAGUGGUGCAGUAUCAAUAACAUGGAUAUUUAUUCCAGAAAUCUUUCCAACAUCAACACGUGGUAUUGCUAAUGGUAUAUUUGUAUUUAGUGGACGUAUAGGUGCUAUUCUUGCACCUGUUGUUGAUGUUGCAUUAGGUUCUGAAUAUAUAAAAAUAACCUUUUAUGUUUAUUCAGCAUUUACAAUAAUUCAAAUAAUAUUAAUUCAUUUUUUACCCGAAACACGAAAUCGAUCAUUUCAUACAGAUGAAGAUGAAGAAAAUGAUAAAGUUAAUCCAAUCGAAAUAUUAAACGAAACAAUGAAUCGAUCUAUACCUACAAUUUUACGAAACAAUAGAGUCGAUAUUUCACAUACACGUUUUUAA